AUGCAAACAAGAAAGUGUUGUCUUCAUUGUCCUGGUAGUUGGGUAUCACCAAAAGAACGUGAAGAGCACAAUUGUAAUCUCCCUACUUACAUAAAAGGAAAUUUAAAGGUGUCAUCUUUAAAUAAAUAUGUCGUAGGAGAAGAAGAACGUUCUGAAAGAUUACGUGGUAGUCCACAGAAGCCUUUACCUACGCGACAAAAUUCUUGUUACGACAGAUUCGCAAUAGCCAAGAAAUUUCAUGCCGAAAAUCUUGAGCACCAGCCGCUACCGGACAGAGUUGACGACUCAGUGUUUAAAAAUGUAAAGCCAUCACGUAGUAAAGUUGAUAAGUUUUUUUUAAACAGUGAUAGUAAAUUAAGUAACAAUGAAGAACGUCGACGGUUGCCGAGGUCAAGGAGCUGUCAUAAAUUACAAGCAGGUCUCCAGUACGCACCAGCACUGGGUUGUAAAACUCCUACGACUAAUAUGGAUCUCGCAAUUUGCUGGGAGGCGCCAAUUGAUCCGUGCUAUGAACCUUCGCGUCCUACGCACAUUGACGGAUCAGAAGGUGGCCCAGCCCCGGCAAUUUUCACUCUAGUUCAGCGUGAAAAUGGACAAGACGUUGCCUACAAGUCGCCUAUGGAGAGAUUUGAAGCCAAGUUUAGUAAUGUUAAGAAUCGCUGUCAGUGUAAUCGUGCAGAGAAUCAUAAUUGCUGUCGGGAAGACAAUGGAACUCACUGUGGGUGUCAGCACAAUGAUCAGCAGCUUGAUAAUAAUGAUAAAGAACAAAGCCAACAGGUUGAUAGCAAAGAUCUGUGUGAUAAUUUAGACUCCGUUCAUAUUUCGCAGGAUCACAGACUAGUAAAAUCAGGAGUUAAUCCUAAAAGACGGCAGCCUGUUCAUUUGAGAAAUUGUUCGCCGUGUCAUUGUCAAGGCGACCGUACCAAGAGACCAAGGUCAAGGUCCAUUCACUCAGCUCCAGUGUAUCAGGGGAAUAGAAAUUUUAAACGCAAUGGGUUGCCAAAUAAAUUGACGGUACCAAGACCUAGAACUCCUUACGCUAAAAGAGAUUUUUGUAUUGACACUUUGACGCCGCCUUUUAGUAUCGUCGAGGGGUGUAGGGAUGCUGAUUAUCCAGAACACUGGAGACUUACUUCUGUCUAUCAACAAUCAUACAAAAAUCCUAGGAAAUUAUAAUAAAUUUAUUUAUUUAUUUAUUAAUAUGAUUUGUAAAUUAUAGAAAAUUUUAGACUGUGAUUACCUUGAAUGUAUAAAAAUAAAAUAACAAUUAAACAUCUUGAGAAGUUGAG